UACAACAUUGGGUCGAUCCGAAAUAAAAGGACUAUGGAAAGCUGUCGUUUGGUCUCGGCUGAAGUUCCCCCAUACGGUCUCAGUCUAUCUUUUAAGUCUAUGGGUGAUUGGCAACGGGUCGAGCGAGUCAAGUGAUUAAAAAAUGGCAUCCGCGAGGACGUCGCACGAUGAGGUUUCGCAACAAUUUUCCGUCAAUAAACUCAUCCGCGUCGGAUAUUACGAAUUGGAGAAGACCAUCGGUAAAGGAAACUUUGCCGUUGUCAAAAUGGCCACUCAUGUCGUGACGAAAUCCAAGGUGGCUAUCAAGAUAAUAGAUAAGACAAAAUUGAACGAGGAAAAUCUAGCCAAGAUCUUCCGCGAGGUGCACAUAAUGAAGAGGCUGCGACACCCGCACAUUAUCAGACUGUAUCAAGUUAUGGAAACGGAAAAAAUGAUAUAUUUGGUCACUGAGUAUGCGCCUGGUGGAGAAAUUUUUGACCAUCUGGUUCGAAAUGGUAGAAUGGCCGAGCCAGAGGCGAGGAGAGUUUUUCGACAAAUUGUUCAGGCUGUGCAUUAUCUCCACCAGCAGAGAGUGGUUCAUCGAGAUCUUAAGGCUGAGAAUCUGCUGCUCGAUGCAGACAAUAACAUAAAGCUUGCUGAUUUUGGAUUCAGUAAUGAAUACACACCAGGUAUUCCACUAAGUACCUGGUGUGGAUCGCCACCUUACGCUGCACCUGAAAUCUUUGAAGGCAAACAUUAUGAUGGCCCGAGAGCCGAUGUCUGGAGCCUUGGUGUAGUGUUAUAUGUGUUAGUUUGCGGCGCUCUGCCAUUCGACGGGCCUACAAUGCAGUUGCUGCGCUCUGUGGUGAUCUCAGGGAAGUUUAGGAUACCUUUCUUUAUGUCUGCAGAUUGUGAAAAACUAAUUAGGCAUAUGUUGGUAGUAGAGCCAGAACGUCGUUUAAGUAUCUUACAAAUUUUUGCCCAUCCAUGGAUGGGUGGAGAUGGAGUAUUAGAACCAGAGCCAGGGGGGUGCAGUCCAGAGACCUCGUCACAGCCACAGUUAAAUCAACUUGUGAUUGAGAACAUGCUCAGAUUGCCAGGACUUAGCGCAGAUACAUUGCUGCAAGCUGUGCAAGGGAAUGCAUUUGAUCAUGUUUCAGCGAUAUACAAUUUACUAGCAGAUCGGCUAGAACCUAGCAUGAAUAGCUUACCUAGCAUUCAAACUAUACCGGGUGAUUACAUGCCAGACGGUGCACAUCAGCUCGAGAAGUUUGGCGAGGCCGAAGCAGAGACGGAGGAACGAAGCGGUCUUCAAUUACCGCCAGGAACUCCUUAUCACGCAACAAGAAGACACACAGUGGGCCCAGGAGAUACUGCACACCAAUCCCAGUCGCCAUAUCCGUACACUUGCACUUAUUCAUCUGGAUAUCCGGCGAUACCUCUUCUUCCCACUCUGCAAUGUAAUGUUGAUCAUCAAGUGCUACCCCAUACGAAUCUUGCGUUAAAUCUUCCCCUGGUACAACACCAGCCGCCACAGAAUUUUCAAAUUAAGGAUCAGCACUUGUUAAAACCACCUACUGUUAUGGGGGCAACCAGUAGUUUCGGAAGGCGGGCUUCGGAUGGUGGUGCAAAUCUUCAUGUAUUCUACCAACAACAACACAGUGGUACUGGAAAUGGAGAGGACGGUGGAUGGAGUCAACCUGGUAGCAGAGAGCAUUUACAACCUUUACAGACCGGUAGUCCAACAAUGGGACAAUGUUCUCAGUCACUUAAUGUUGGGGUUGGCGUUGGUGGUAGCAGCGGUGAAGGAAACAGUGGCAACAGUGCAAAUAGUACUAGCGGAACCGAUAGAAGAAGACGUAGUGGUUUGACUGCAGUAAUGCAACGACCAGUUAUAAAUCCGGAACUGGUCAUGGAAGUGGAAGCUAGAAUGAAUAGAGCGUAUCUCCCGUCGAGACUGCUGCCAUCCCACCUUAGAGGACCUACAAUCCCUCAUCACCGGAAAACGUCCCUCUACCCUGCUGGAGCUGCAGGCACUAGGGAUUCAUAUAAAGAGCCAAGCAUCCAUGUAGCCACAGAACGAUAUUCCCCGGUUCGUCGUGCUUCAGAAGGUUCCGGUCCUCCAGGACCUGGUAUCCAGGCACUCCAACAGGAAUAUCAACAACUCCAGAGAUUAGCGUCGCCCUCUCACAGUCCUGCUAGUAUUCCUGGAUCACCAGUUCAUGAGAGAGGAGUGGCUGCUAUUACGCAAGGUCUUAGUGGAUUAAGCACAGCGCCUGUGCAGGGUAGUAUUGUACACGGUACACCUGCACAACCACCUGCGGCACCUUUGGAUUUAAGUCCAUUGAGACAUCACAGAUCACCAGCCACAACACCAGUUAGUUAUUCACCUAGUAAUAGUCCGGCGUUGGAUAUGAUACAGGAAGAACAUCCUGUAGACGUAUCCAGGGUACCACCACAAAUCUCAGUAACAGAUGUACUUGGUGGGCAGGUAACGCUGAUCGGUUGUUCACCUUCUCCGUCUCCUUCGCCAGACUCUCUGGAGGAUGCGCUCCCACAUUAUAGUCCACUUCCAAGCUUCAUUAUAUCGGAGCCUUGUGACCCGUCGAGACCAAGUAUCACUCGGGGCAUAGGGAGACCACUCAGCACGCCUAUACCAACAGAGGUAGAGGUGACUUUGUCCGAUGAGUCGAGUAGAUUGAACUCAGAGGCAAUAUUGGGCCGGGUGAAACAAAUAAUUGACGCAAGGGCGCCGCCAAAAGGUUUCAUCUUCUCGAGGGAGGAAGUUGAAGGAGGUGGACUGAGUUUAGAGUAUCCAGGUGGAGUACAGAUAGAACUGAGGGUGUGCGAGUCGGAGGAGAGAGAAGUCAAGGGCAUUAAGAUGCGACGAAUCAGCGGGGACCAAUUGCAGUACAGCCAACUUUGUCAACAGUUGAUUUCGUGCAUCACCGUUUGACGAAAGCCAGCAC